AUCCACAGACAAGUUAUUUUAAUAAUUGCAUUUGACAUUAGUUGCAAGCAAGUUGACUAGUAAUCUCGGACAGUAUAGAUAAAAUCUCUUGCAAUGGGUUUACACGUUUUCUGGCCUGCCACAGCCUGCCUAACCCUCUUUGUGGUUUGCGUCAUAAUUUUAUUGCUGAAAUAUGGCGCACGUGCCUGCAAAUUGCGACACGAACCACUACCAUCUGAUGAAGAAUGGGAGGGUAAAGCGUACACCAGAAAACUGUCUGUUUCUGUCUAGCAUGAGAAUGAACAUUGAUCUGAAAAAAUUACCUUAGAUUAAGUAAUGUUUUUAUCACAGAUAAGAAUAUUGAUUAGAAUUUUUUGCGAUAGGCCGGAGACUCAAAGAAAUAACUUCCAAAUUUGCUUCGAAUUUUUUUUUAUAAAAAUGAAAGUUAAAAACUAGAAGCUUUUCGGUAACUUGAUAUUUUCUAAACACGCAAAUCUCGUAUAUUAUUGCAUAAACUUAGUAUUAGUCAUAAGAUAAAUGAUCUAUUCCGUCCAUUUGCUGCAUACGUACUACUAUGUUUUUUUAUUAACAUGAAUGCAUACAUGUUUCUUCGGAAAUCAAUAUGCAAUAAUUGUUUAAAAAAUUCUUAUGAAAUCUCAAACUAGCAAUAAGAUGUCGAAAGAAAACCAAUUUUAUAUCCGUCCAUCUCUUUUGAGAUUAUUUGAUAUGCUCUUAUUCGAAACGAUUUUUUAAUAAUAUUGACAAUCAAACGCAAUUUUGUAAUUUUUGUAUACAUUAGUAAUACAUUUUACAA